AUGUCCGUCCUGCGCGGGGCCCCCGCGGGAGUCUUCGAGCUCAAGCGCAGUAGCUCCGGUCAAGGCCUACAAGCAGUAAAGGAAGAAUACGCGUCUGAAGAAGAGGACAGGAGAACACCUAAUGGUGAACAACCACAAGUGGAGAGCGAAUACGAGGAAGAAGAGGAGGUGGACGAGACGGUGCGGGAAGACAUGAACAAGCUGGAAGACACCUUUCCAGGUAUUUCAGAGCGAUUCCGACUGAUCAAUCGGAUUGGAGAAGGGACGUUCUCUACCGUCUACAAAGCCGAGGAUCUACUUUACAACCACUACCAUAACGACUGGGACAUUUUCGGUCAAGCGCAAGCACAAGAACAAGAAGAAUGGGACAAUCCUCCAUCCAAAAGGCGCCGGGUGGAUGGGAAUUCUGGGGGGCGCAAGAAGGCGCGGUUCGUGGCGCUGAAGAAGAUCUAUGUCACAAGUAGUCCAAUUCGCAUUCAGAACGAAUUGGAGCUUCUACAUGAUCUUCGAGGAUGCAAAUCCGUGUGCCCCUUGAUUACAGCCUUCCGCUACCAGGAUCAGGUGGUCGCAGUGCUGCCCUACUUCCCGCAUACCGACUUUCGCAUUCAAUAUCGCACUUUCAUGGUAGCGGACAUGCGCCACUAUCUACGCUCACUUAUUACGGCGUUGAAGUCGGUCCACGAACAUGAAAUUUUGCACCGAGAUAUCAAGCCAACCAAUUUCCUCUAUAAUCCCGACUUGAAAGAAGGUGUUCUUGUUGACUUUGGUCUGGCAGAGCGCCAGGGUUCUGAGUACAGCAGUCCAUGCCUGUGCUCACACCAGAAUUACGUCCGCCGUAGCCGGAUACUUUCUAGCUACUUUUCCAAAAACCCACCAGCCAACGGUAUCUCCAGCGGUUACCCGAAGGCUGAUUCGCGGCCGUCAAGGCGCGCAAAUCGAGCAGGAACGCGAGGGUUCCGAGCACCAGAGGUUCUAUUCAAAUGCACGUCACAGACCACAAAAAUUGACAUGUGGUCAGUCGGUGUGAUCCUUCUCACCUUGCUUGGACGACGCUUCCCCUUCUUCAACUCGGCCGACGACAUCGAUGCUAUGAUUGAAAUGUCAAGCAUCUUUGGUACUCGGCGGAUGAAGACAGCCGCCGCUAUGCAUGGCCAGAUCUUCGAAACCAACCUCCCCACCAUUGGAGAAAAGGGCUACAGCUGGGAGAAGCUGGUCAAAUGGUCCAGCUGCGUUGAGGACUUGACUGAGAGUGAGUCUCAAGCGACGCGUUUGCUAGCGGGAUUGAUGGAACUCGACCCGUCCAAGCGUUUGAGUGCCGAGGAUGCCCUGAACCAUGACUUCUUUACGGACCCCAUCCUUCAUGAUGUGGAAUGGGGUGGUCACCCUGAAGAUGCAAGUGUUGAUUCAGAGGAGGAUGACGAGGCAGGCGAAGACGAGGCCGAUGAGGUCGCCAUGCUAUGA